AAGUUUGUCACAUUCAGCCUGCUCUGCUGAACCCUCUUCUUGUCCCUGCUCUCCUUAAAUUGGUGUGGAUCUUUGGUUUUAAGUCUUUAAGCCUACUGUACUAAGUUAUCUGAACACUUGUCAAGAUGGAAGCCAUCAAGAAGAAGAUGCAGAUGCUUAAACUGGACAAGGAAAAUGCCUUGGACAGAGCAGAGCAGGCCGAAGCUGACAAGAAAGCAGCUGAAGAGAGAAGCAAACAGCUUGAAGAUGAGUUGCUGGCCAUGCAGAAGAAACUGAAGGGGACAGAGGAUGAGCUUGACAAAUACUCAGAAGCACUGAAGGAUGCUCAAGAAAAACUAGAGCUGGCUGAGAAGAAGGCUGCAGAUGCUGAAGCUGAGGUUGCUUCACUAAACCGCCGCAUCCAGUUGGUUGAGGAGGAGUUGGAUCGUGCUCAGGAGCGACUAGCUACAGCAUUGCAAAAAUUAGAGGAAGCUGAAAAGGCUGCAGAUGAGAGUGAAAGAGGUAUGAAGGUCAUUGAGAACCGUGCUCUAAAAGAUGAAGAGAAGAUGGAACUUCAGGAGAUACAGCUGAAGGAAGCUAAACACAUUGCGGAAGAGGCUGACCGCAAGUAUGAGGAGGUUGCCCGCAAGUUGGUAAUCAUUGAGGGAGACCUGGAGCGCACAGAAGAGAGGGCAGAACUUGCAGAAUCCAAAUGUGCAGAGCUGGAAGAAGAGUUGAAAAACGUCACCAACAAUCUCAAAUCCCUUGAGGCACAGGCCGAGAAGUAUUCUCAGAAGGAAGACAAAUAUGAGGAGGAAAUUAAGAUCCUGACAGACAAAUUAAAAGAGGCUGAAACUCGUGCCGAGUUUGCUGAAAGAUCAGUUGCUAAACUGGAGAAAACUAUUGACGACUUGGAAGAGAAACUGGCUGUCACCAAAGCAGAAAAUGUGAACAUGCAUGCCAUGCUGGACCAGACCCUCCAAGAGCUGCAUAGCUUGUAAACUGUUCUCCCUCCCCCACCCCCCACCCCACUUGCAUCACUGCAGCUCCCUGAACUGCUACAGCAGCCCCUGCCACCCUUGCUUGUGCCCUGUCCUGUCUGACUUUGCAUUCCUGGGGGUUCUGCCUUUGCCACAGUGUGUGAAUUUAACAGCUGUUUUCAAGUUUUUAUCACAGCUGCCUUGUGGUGAUGAUGGAUCUUCCUGUGUACCAUGUUUCUCUUAAGGAGGUUAGAUUUUGCACAUAUUUGAAUGCAGAGCUCAAAAGUACAGUGCAACUGGAAAAUCCACAAAUUAUAACUGUGUGCUAAAAAUACAGUUUGCUAGUUACCCUUUUUUCAAUACUGCAUUUUCUUGGAAAACACUGUGAACUAGAAAUACUUAUCAGCAGCAUAUUUCUAGAAUGUGAUGUAGCCAAGGGACCAAAUAUUACUCUACUGCCAAAAUUCCCCUUCCCCCAACCCACCCUCAUUCAGGGAUCAGAGGUCAUGAGGGCAACUCUGAGAGCUGUAGGAAUGUCUUAAGUGUGGGAAGAGGCUAAUAAAAAUAAUGCAAAAGGCAGCAAUAUGCCUGUUUUAAUGCUUUAUUCUAAAAGGGCAACAAAUCCCCCCCACCCCACUCCCCUUUUAAUGCCUAAUGUGUUGCUGUUUUUACAGAUUUUGUAUGGUGCUUGUGCCAAUAAAAGCAAAUAGGUGUCUAUAGCCACCCUUAAACUUUAGAUGACCGUAAUGGUAGUUUUUUGUUUUUUUGAAACAUUAAUGAGAGUGAUAACUUUUGAUGAUAUUUUACAUGGAUUUCAAAGAAUCGAACAAAUGGCAAUAUUCUAAGAAACAAAAUGCUAUGGUUUCCAGCAUUUUAAUCUUUCCCUCCAGCAAUUGCUGGUAAAUAGACUAACAAUACUCCAGUUUGGUAACUCCUUUCACUCCCCAGUCAGAGCCAUGAUCUGUUUGGUUCUGUGUCCAUUUCAUUUAAUGUUU